GGUUGACUCUGGGCGGAAGCGGCUUUGUAGCCUGGGAGAAGCGAGAUGGGAGUGAAGCUGGAGGUGUUUCGGAUGACGCUCUACCUCACCUUCCCUGUGGCUAUGUUCUGGAUUGCCAAUCAGGCCGAGUGGUUUGAGGACUAUGUCAUACAGCGCAAGAGGGAGCUGUGGCCACCUGAGAAGGAGGACCAGCGCCAGGAGUUAGAAGAAUUCAAAGAGAGGCUACGGAAGCAGCGGGAGGAGAAGCUCCUUCGUGCUGCCCAGCAGAGCUCCUGAAGCCUAGCCCCUCCACCCAUGAAAUAACACACAGUUCCUUAUUUCUUGUGGAA